GCUUUCUUCCUCAUCGUCACAAAAAGCUCUCUGCAUCCACAUCUACCUCCAAGGAACGAGUAGGAAACAAUGGCUUUUGAGUAUGCGUUCCCCGAAGAAGAAAUAGCCGUCAACGAGAGCUUCGGGUACCCAAAAGCCUACGCUAGGCUCUGCCGCGACCGCCGUGUCUGUCCCUACAACCAUGGCCCUCCUUUCACUUACAUACCUUACGGUCUGGAGCAAGAUGAGGCGUUGAGAGCAAGGGAAUUGGAUCGGAUGUUCCCAAUCAUCGACCCAAAAGCUAAACCAUCUACAAAGCCCAAGAUCUUUGUCAGUCUGUUGUGGAAGCAGCUCAACCACCUUGGGAAUGCCGGCUUUGACCCCGCAGUGAUUCGAGUCGACCCAUAUGGAAAUGUUCUCUACUAUCACGCUGAUUCGGCUUCUCCUCUCGCUUGGGAUAUUGACCAUUGGUUUCCUUGCUCAAGGGGAGGGUUAACGGUUCCAAGCAAUCUGAGAAUAUUACAGUGGGAAGUCUGCAAGAAAAAACAUAAUAAGCUGGAGUUUUUAGUUCCAUGGUGGGAAUAUCAGCUGGGAGUCUCAGUAAACCGGUUCUUGUCCCUUUUUGCCUCCAAAAACUCAGAUUUCAGGCACAGAGCAUUUUCAUUUUUGUUUUCUGAAGGUGAAAAUGAAGAAUUGAAUGCUUCACAGAGAGUAGAUUCGCAUUCUUUUCCUCAACAUUUCAUUGAAUCCAAAGAGAAAAUGGGCCUUGCUCCCGCCGCGAUUGUUGUAUCUCGAAGGGAACCGUACGACACAACGUUAGCUUUGAAAUCCCUGGAUCACAAUAGGCAGCUAAGGCCACAGUCCCCUGCUAUUGUUGCAAGAAAAGCAAAUCCUAAUGUCCUGAAAGAAAAUGAAAACCCGGAUCUUGUUACGAACCCGUACCAAGCAAUUGUCAUGGCUAGAGAUUCCUUGAAACAAAGAGAGGAAGCUUUAAAGAUGCAGACAGAAAUACAGAAACUAAAUGACGAAGUAAAUGAAUUGAAGCAAAAGAAUGAGGAGGAAAGGCUCACAAUCCAAGAACUAGAAUUGGUGCUGAUAAAACGCAGGAGAAGGGCAGAGAAGAGCAGGCGACUGGCAGAGGCACAACAUUCAUAUAGGACCAUGAUAGAGAAGAUGAUCCGAGAUGCAAUGCACCAGAGUGUCAUAUAUAAAGAACAGGUGAGAUUGAAUCAGGCUGCAACUAACGCACUCAUGGCAAGACUUGAAGCACAGAAAGCCAUUAGCGAUGCCUCAGAGAAUGAACUUCACAGGAAAUAUAAACAAAGGGAUGAGAUUCAGAAGCAGAUUAGGCCAGACUGGGAGCAAGCUAGGAAGAGAUCAAGAAUGGAUGAUGCCUUACUUGAAGAGAGGGACAGUAGAACUGUUCUACAUUUACCGAGGAUCAAGCCAAGGACGCCUGUACACAAAGAAUUAAGAGUAUUCCUAGAGGAGGAACAAAGGGCAUCUGAAGCUGGUUCAUCGUUUAACGAAGAACGAAAGCAGAAAGAAGAAAUUGAGAAGGAAGUGAAAGUACCUGCAACGAUAAUUACUAUAGAAAAGCCCGAGGAACAUAACAGACCCAUUGUUACCUUGGAGGAUGAAAACCCACUUGAGGAUCAGCUUCAGAAACUUGAAAUAGGAGGGAAGAAACUCAACAACAUUCAGUUACUUCCUCGAGAACCAGAAACAGAGGAAGAUGAAGAGAGCAGAAAGCAGCGCGGAAAAGGAAACGUAGAGAAAUGGCUUCAAAUGCUGUUAGAGAAUACUCAAGAAGAAUUGGAGACUGAACAUUCGAAUGAAGGCGAAAAGCGCAGCAUUGACGGAAUAAUGAGAAAACAGAAUCCAAAGUACUCGCAAAAAGAGAAACGGCAGAUUAUUGAAGAGAAUAAUGGUGGGAAAGAGAUAGAAGAAAUCACCGAGAUGGAAGCCAGAAAUAUUCGGACAGAAGAGAGAAGAGCGGGUGAAGUGGGUCGUAUGGGUGAGAGAGUUGGAAGUAGUAGCUUUGAAGGGGGGAGGGAAAGAAGAGACCAUAGUAAUAAUGGAAAGGAAAGAAAACUAGUGAGGUCUGAGAGUGCGAGGGGCUUUCGGCGAAUCCCAUCUUCUCCAGCUCUGAUCUUGGGUGGUAUGAGAAAGGGAGUGGACUGCAUGGGCAAGAAGCCGAUCGUAAAUGGCGAUGAGGAUAGUGAUGGAGAUCGUGCUGCAGGGAACAACAGUUUCAUCAAGUCAUCCAUAAGGUCGAUCAAGAAGGCUGUCAAAAUAUGAAACUCAACUUUGUGGCUUAUGCAUGUAUCUAUCUUGCUUUAUCUUUCAUUUUAUUUCUUUUAUAUUUUUUUGGGAGUGCUAGCAAUUGCUCUUAAAGCUGAAUAAUUGUGUGAAACUUAGGUAUUCUAUUGUUUUUUAAUUUGUCUAUAAGAAUGGUUUUCGUUA